CCCAAAAUCUGAAAACGCCGAACACAGCAGACUUGAGCAAAUGGGGAAGACGCUUGGACCAACAGGGGAAUUCUUCAAGAGGAGGGACGAGUGGAGGAAGCACCCGAUGCUUAGCAACCAGCUCCGCCACGCCACCCCUGGACUAGGCAUCGCCCUCGUCGCCUUUGGCAUUUAUCUUGUCGGGGAGCAGGUCUACAACAGGGUUUAUGCUCCUUCCUCUUCUCAUCAUCAUCAACAACAAUCUUCUUCUCACUCUCAUUGAGAUCAGACAGUCAAAUAUUGCGGGUGGAUGCUCAAUGGAAAGAACAAUGUUUGGACAUUGUCAAGUUUCAGUUUGUCUGUAGAUUACUGUAAUAAGCUUUGUACCGACAUAAAAUGGACUUGCUUCAAGUUUGAUUAUUAUUAAACCUUGUGCUGGAGCUAUUCUCUAUAUGCUUUAUAUGUUUCCUCUUCAUGUUGGUAUGUUAAGAUAUGGGCACAUUAAUGUCAUAUUAUAUUUCG